UCUUCGAGUGAAUUGCUUCCCACCUUCCUCCUCUCACAUCAUAAAACCAUAUCCCCUUCUCUCACCUCAUCCAAACAAACCCCAAUUCAACCAAAAAUAUUCCAUACAAAACAGAGCAAAAAAAAAGAUCAGCCUAAAAGCCAUCAUCUUUCAUGAUUCACUUCCCACUCUCCAAAAGUUUGUUUGAAUUUGUGUAUGUAAGGAACGCUUCUGAUAAGAACCGUCAAAGAUAAUCAGAAACGCUUUCAGUCAUUUCAGAAGCAAUUCAAACAGUAGUCUAUCUCAUACCAUAAAAGCCAUGUACCCUUGAUCUCUUGCUCCAUCUAAGCAAAACCCAUUUCAGAUUUUCCCUCAAAAACACAGAGAAAGAGAGAGAGAGAGAGAGAGAGAGAGAGGAGUUAAAGCUAGAAACAGAGGAAAAGCAGAGCAUCCUAGAACCAAUGGGAACCAACCACAAGAGACUGAUCGAAGAGCUACAUGAAGGCCGGAAGACGGCGGCGGAGCUUCAGAUUCUGCUCCAGAAUCAGUACGGAGACCGUGUCUUGGCGGAGGAGCUUUUGAUGAAGAUCAUGAUGGUAUUCGCAGAGAGUCUUUCUGCUCUGACUGCUUCUGAUGGCCAUAACGAUCACCAGUCUGCUGCUUCCGGUGAGGUUUAUCAGGUCAAGCCGGAACCUUCCCAAGUGGAGCACUCGCAUUGCUGUGACCGGAGCUCUGAAGAUUCCGGUGAGAGUCGAAAGACUCAGGCUUUCAAGGAUCGGAGAGGUUGCUACAAGAGGAGAAAGACAUGUCAAUCAUGGACAGUAGCCUCGGACAAAAUUGAAGAUGGACAGGCUUGGAGAAAAUAUGGCCAAAAGAUAAUCCUCAAUGCUCCAUAUCCAAGGGCUUACUUCAGAUGCACAAGAAAAUUUGACCAAGGUUGCAAGGCAACCAAACAAGUCCAACAAAUCCAAGACAACCCACUCUCGUACCAAAUCACCUACAUCGGCGAGCACACGUGCAGAGCCAUGAUCAAACCUUCACCAAUGAUCAUCGGCUCUAAUCCCUGUGAAUCUCAGACUGUUAGUUCAGAAUCUGGGACCCCACAUCACCAAAACCCUACUUUCUUUGGCACAUCCGCACCGUCAAUUCUCAACGCGAAACAAGAAGAUUACAAAGUGGGGACACCAAGUGAUCUAACGGACAACAGUAUGUGGCAUGAUUUGAAGGAUCACUUGGAUUUAUCAGAGCCUGUUGGGAUCUGCGUGUCUUCCAACGAGGAUGUGGUUUCAAACAUGCACUGGGAGGAGGACAUGGAUUAUGUGAAGUGUAUUAAUUUUGAGGAUGUUUUUAAUUUUGAGAGUUUCCAAUGAACUCCUUGCAGUGACAGAUUUGAUGCUACUUCUUGUUAGCUUCUUGUAAUAGCUAGGGUUGAUGUGUCACUCAAGGCAUUUUCCUAAUAAUGUUGUUCAUAAUCCAUUUGAGUUGGAAAAAGUGUAAUGUUGAUUGAAGUCGAAAUAUUAUGUGUCAUAUCUUUACGCAUGAAA